AUGGGCGCGGACGCAGUGUUGCGCACCGAAGUGCGACGCAUUUUGGGCAGCGAGACGCCGGAGGAGCAGCUCAGUCAACGGAAGCCGGGGAAGAGGCUGAUCAAGGCUUUGACUGGCCCCGAGCUGGAAGCCGUGCUUGUGAAGGCUCAUGAGCAGGCAAGGGGCUUUGUGACGAGUUCCUGUGGCGUAAUUCCUGCAGACUUCGAUGGACAUGUGCCCAGAGGCUUAAGCAACUUGGGGAACACUUGCUUCUUAGCUUCCGUGUUGCAAUGCUUGGCGCAGACGGAGAACUUCUCUCAAGAGCUCACGCUAACGCCCGAAGGCCGCCUGGGCGGCAUCGGCGGCGCCUUGCGGCGCGUGCUGCAGCAGCUGCGCUCGGCAGAGGAGGCCUCGGUGGAGGAGAUUCUGGGAGAGUUGGCCGAGAGGUACAGCUGGUACCGCGGCAAGUCCCAGCAAGAUGCCCACGAGCUCCUGCGCACGCUACUGGCAGCCUUGGCCGAUGAGAGGGAGGUGAAGGAGGACAAGGAGACGCUGCAGCAGUUGGUGCAUCGGAGCUUUCGAGGACAAAUGUGCGAGGCCAUCCUGUGCUGGUCCUGCCGGGAGAUCUCAUUCCGCCAUGAGUUCUUCCUGGACUUUUCCUUGGACCUCUCUGAGGAGGAUCCGGCUCCGGGGCCCUUGGGCCUGCGUGGCUGGGUGAUGCAACCCAUGCCAUCGCCGGAGGAGGAAGAGGUGGAUGAAGAGGCAGAGGCCGAUGGUGCUGAAGCUGAACGAGCGGCCGAGAGCCUGGAAGAACAUGUCAUCGAGGUCCAGUUGGAGCGAGUGCCGGGUCGACGGAUCGCGUUGGGCUUCGAAUGGCAAGAGCUGCCCGUGCACCAGUGCAAGGUUCUGCGACGGAUUCAUCCCAACAGCUUGGCGGAGCAGUGGAACAAGCGUUUCAACCGCCGGCUGACUCCUGGGCUUUUAUUGCUCUCAGUCAAUGGGGAGGAGGAUCAUGAGGAGAUCAUGCAGAUCUUGAAGGAUGAGGCGAAGCUGUCCCUACGCUUUGCUCCUGAAGAGGUCAUGCGGCGCUUUGGUGCCACGCAGGGAAGCGCCAAGGGCUUCCAAGUGGAUUUGACACGAGAGACUGGCUCCAAAAGGGCUUGGGGCUUCCAACUCGAUCAGAAGGCUUUGGAGAUGGUGGGAUCGACGUUGAUUGUGGCCCAGAUCCACCCGGACUCCUUGUUGGACGCCUGGAACCUCCGCUGCCGCUCGAUGGGCAGCCGUGCGAAGCUGGUCGUCCACCCCGGCGACCGCAUCCUCUCGGUGAACGGCGAGAGCGACAACGUCCAGGCCAUGGUCAAGGCCUUGCAAAGCCAGACCCGACAGAAGAACAGCAUUCUUCUGGAGCCAGGGGACCGCGACGCGUAUAUGGGCGGUUAUCCCGCUGGCGCGGAAAGAGCGGAAGAUGCGGAGGCCCAGUUCGAGGUGGCUUUGGAGGACUCCUUGGGGCCUUUCGGCUUCCAAGUGGAGCAUCAGCGUGUGAAAGGCAUCGACGAAGGAUCUCCCCUGGCGAUGUGGAACUUGGUGUGUCGCUCACGAGGGGAAGAGGAUCUGUGUGUGGAGCUGGGCGACACGCUGCUUCAGGAGGCGUCCUCCAGUGGCAGGCGCAUCUUCCAGCUCCGGCGCUCCAAGGAACGUCAGGCCUCCGUCCGCGCCCUCGGCGCUCGGCCCGACGCUGCCAGCGGCACGGCCGCGGCGCGCGGCGCCGGCGCUGAGGGGCCGCGCGUGGAGAUGGUCCGUGCCGCGGAGGAGUGCGUGGCAGCUCUGGACAAACCCUUGAGGGAGCUUUUUGAGACCAAGCCCAGGCCCAAGGUGGUGUCGCUGGCAGACUGCGUGAGGGAUUUGGGUGCCAUUGAAGCCUUGGAGGAAUCCUUCGAAGCAAUCUACAAGUGCCAACACUGUACUCCAUCCCGGACCUUUGCCUCCAAACGUGCCUGGCUCUGGGGCUCCUUGCCACCGGUGCUCCCCGUGCAGCUGAAGCGCUUCCGGCGUGAGCGCGAUGGGGCGUUCCGGAAGUCACAGACCCGAAUUCAGACCAGCAGUACCUUAGACCUCUCAGAUCUCUUAUUGUCCUCCAAAGAGCAGCAACUCUUGAAGUCUUUGGUCAAGAAGGAGCAUGAAGCCUUGAAUGCGGAGGUCUCAGAAUGCGCCGUCUACGAGUUGUAUGCGGUGUGCGCUCAUCUGGGCGGCAGCAUGGAGCGAGGCCACUACGUGGCCUUCAUCAACGCUGGGCGCAGCCUGAAGGAAGAGGCCUGGUUCUUGUUAGACGAUGCGCGCACCCUGCCGUGCCGCAGGGAAGAUGCCUUGCGUGUGGAAGCCUACAUCGUGCUUUUGAACAGCACUUGGCAACCGAAGCUCUGCGACUUUGGAUUGGCAAAGAUCCGAGAACAGACAGCACUCCAGACUACGCUGCGGGGGGUUUCACCGAUCUGGGCGCCACCCGAGAUGUUCGACGACAAGGGAGGAGUCACUGAGAAGGCGGACGUUUAUUCCUUUGGAAUCAUCUUGUUCGAGCUAGGUGCCAGGAAGUUGCCCUACUCCGAUGUGGGACAAAUGCAGUUGCCCCGGGUGAAAGCCAAAGGCCAACUGCCGCGGUUUCCAGCGGAGAUGGAUCCGGACCAGACGGAGCUCAUCCGGCUUUGCCUGGCGCCGCGGCCCAGCAACCGGCCCGCCAUCAGUGCGCUCAUUUUGAAAAUCAAGGACUUGUGCAAGAGCAAAGGCAUCGAUCUGGAAGCCGAGCAGGUGGCCAUGGAACAGCAAGGGCUCCACUUCACCGGAGUCGCUGGUUCCACGCCCCACGUGGAACAGCUCCGGCGCGCUGAGGCAGAGAAGCGGCGCGCAGAGCAGGAACUGGCGCGUCUCAGGAGGCUCCUCGCAGAGGAGGAGACGCACGUCCGCACGAUGGAAGCGGCCGCGGGAGGAGCUGCGCCGGUGGAGCAGAAGGAGCGCGCCUUCGAAGAGUUCUGCGAGCAGCGGACCCAAGCGGUGGGGGAACAGAAGUUCCGCUGCCUCGUUUGCCGGAAGCUCUUCCGCGCACCUGAGUUCGUGCACAAACACCUCCGUGAGAGGCAUUGGGACGAUUUCCAGUCGGGACGUCCUGUCGAGCUGGUUGAGACCGGAAAGCUGGAGGAGGAUUUCUUCGAUGCGGACGUCGCGGAAGAGAGCAGCACUCAGCUGUACACGCAGAAGUUCGAGCAGGGUGGUUCCUUCAGUCAAGCGGUCCAAGAUGCCGCAGAGAAGGGCGAUUUGGCCUGUUUGCAACAAGUUUCUCAGCAGAACGUGGCGCUGCUGAAACAAAGCGAUGUGGAUGGAUCGACUCCUUUGCACCUUUGUGCCAAGCAGGGGCAUGCCCAGUGUGUGCAACUCUUGUUGCAGAAUGGUGUCGAUGCAACAGCCGCAGAUGAUGGAGGGCAUUUGCCUUUGCAUUUGGCUGCGCAGGAGGGCCACCACGAAGCGGUUGCCCAGCUGCUCCUGGCGCCCGACGUGGCCCUGGACGCGCUGAGCAGCGGUGCCAAGCAGCGCACGGCGCUGCACCUGGCAGCAGCCAAUGGCCAUGCGGAGGUGUGUGGAGCGUUGCUGCUGCAGAGGGCGGACGUGAACCUACAAGACGCGGAUGGCGAGAGCCCCUUGCACAAGGCCGCUCGCUUCGGCGACUUGGAGCUUUGCGAGCUCAUCUUCUCCUUUGGUGCCUCCGUCACCUCCGCAGACCAAGACGGCUGGCACCCGCUGCACGAGGCCGCGCGCUGGGGCGACGGCGCCUUGGUGGAAAGCUUCCUCCGGCGCGGCGCCGAUCUGCACGCGCGCUCCAACGAUGGAGAGAGCGCUCUGCACGUGGUGCCCGGUGGCUAUGCGGAUCUCGAGGUGGUCCAAGUGCUUUUGACCUGGAAGAGCGACGUGAAUGGGCGCGACUACGACGGGGAGACUCCGUUGCACUUGGCGGUGAAGCUGGGAGACGUGGAACUGGCCGGGCUGCUGCUGCAGCACAACGCGGACGCGAAUGCGACGAACACCCAAGGGGCAACGCCCUUGGACUUUGCGAAGAAGGACGAGCUCCGGUGGCUUCUGAGAUCCCACAAGGGACGCAAAGGCACCGGAGCCCUUUGA